AUGCAUGAAAAUAUUAUUGUCUUUUUAUUAUAUGCUUUUUGCAUGGACCGAUCUCAUCGAAUCUAGUCCAUCCAUCUUAUUCUCUGUCUAUCUCACUACAGUUUCCUUCUCUCUCUCUGGAAAUAACAAAAAAGAAAAACAUUUAUCCCUUUCUCUGAUUGAGUGCAAUCUCGGUACCUGAAAUUUCUCAACUUCUCUAACCCCUAAUUUCUCAAUUUCUAUAAUCCCUAAUUGCUCCUUUUCCGCCACGCACUUCCCUCAAACGCCCACCGUUUUCUCCUUUCCCUCUCCUUCAUCGUGCGCGUUACUAAGGGAAUAAAGUAGCAAUGGCUUUUUGCUACUUCAACCCUAUUCCUACUAGCUCUCAUCUCAUUUCACCAGACUUAUCUCGAAAUUUCAAGAUUCCAAAGCUUCUUCACAGGAAAAAGAGGCUUGGCGUCUUGUCCAGAUCUUCAAAAGUUACUGCAUUUUAUGGCUUGAAGACCCCUCCUUACGAACUUGAUGCAUUAGAGCCGUAUAUGAGUAAGAGGACAAUUGACAAGCACUGGGGAGAGCAUCAUCGGAAUUUUAUCGAAGGUUUGAAUAAACAGCUGGAGAAGGAUGAUAUACUUUAUGGUUACACCAUGGAUGAACUAAUCAAAGUGACUUACAACAAUGGCAAUCCCUUACCUGAAUUCAACAAUGCAGCUGAGGUUUGGAAUCAUGACUUCUUCUGGGAAUCCAUGCAACCAGGAGGGGGUGAUAUUCCCGUACUAGGUCUACUUCAACAGAUUGAAAAGGAUUUUGGAUCCUUUACGAAUUUCAAAGAGAAGUUUAUAGAAGCUGCACUCACAUUGUUUGGUUCUGGCUGGGUUUGGCUGGUUUUGAAGAGAGAAGAAAAACAAUUAGCCAUUGUUAAAACUUCAAAUGCCAUAUGCCCUAUUGUGUGGGAUGAUAUACCAAUUAUCAAUUUGGAUUUGUGGGAGCAUGCAUACUAUCUGGAUUACAAGAAUGACAGAGCAAAGUAUGUGAAAGUCUUUAUGGACCACCUUGUGUCUUGGAAUGCGGCAAUGGAACGCUUGGCAUACACAGAAGCAUUUGUGAACUUGGGGGAACCUAAAAUUCCUGUUGCAUGAAAUAUUGGAAUGCUGAAUGAUUACAAGACAUUGAAGGAACGUAUGGCAUCUUAAGUGGAAUUGGUAUGGAAUUCAAAGACUUACAUGUCAUGGGGUUUGAUCAUAUAGCCAGAAAGAAAAGAGUGGAUCAGUCAUUGUUUAAGUACAACAUUCAUUGCGCCCUACAUGCCUCAUUGUGAUUAUCUAUUUUUGCUGUGAUAGUGUACGACUGAGGAAAAUCUGUUAUAUUGAGGGAUCUAGUGAAACUUAGAGUAGGAGUCAAGGAUUUCAAUGAAUAAUGAGAUAGAAAAAAGAGUAUGAUGUUUGAGUUAGUAGUAAAUUUAAAACUGAACCAGAAUUCUGAAUGUAUGUACUUGGUUAUAAGUUCUACUUCACACAAGCACACCAGAAAAGAGCAUCUCAAGUUGAUAAAGGGCCUAUAGGCUAUAACCGUAAGUUAUUUAUGGUAUAGGUGAGACUGUUUUAAAAACCAGAUUGAACUCGCCAUUCAAUCAAUUAUGACAAUUAAAUCAUUGGAGUUCUUGUCAAUUCAAUCUCUGUUCCGAUGUUAAUACAAUGUUAAUACAUACAUUAUGACAAAAAUGCAAUUAUGGCUGUGGCUGCAAUUGCUUUGAA